AUGACAAACAGUGAGGGAAGUCGUGCUUCACAAAGGAGAAUGGUUGAGGGUGAAUCAAGCAAUGCAAGGGAGAGAAGGCUAAAAAUGCAAGCCGAUUUGGAAGCAAUGACUCAAAGGAUGGAAGAGUCUGAUGCAGAGGAGUAUGUCUACUCUGAGGAGGAGUCUGAGAGCGAGAGAUUGAGGGAGGAAAGGAGAACCAAGAAGAGGAAUGACCCCAUUAGUAGUGAGAGUGAGCAAGGAGAGUUUGAGAUUGGGGUGAACCUUGUUCAAGAGGAGGUGAUGGCUCUCCAAGUGAAGAAGGAAGUGAUGAGUCUGAGAGUGAAGAGGAAGGAGAGGAGGUGA